UAUUGUUGAGCAAACGCCAUUUAUUGAGACAAUAAAGAAACACCAAUCAUAAAAAGGGGGCCCUAAACUAAAGCAUGAAAAGCAAACUCAUUCGAAUUCUCCCUCACUACAACUCUGUGUAUUUAUGUGUGAGAGAGAAAGUUCAUUGCAAAGCUGCUAUCUUUUUCUUCAUGAAGGCCUGAACCCCAUUUCUUCAGACAUGGAAGAUUUCUUUACAGAACAUCAAGAAUUAUUCGUAUUUUAUCAGUCUGAUCUUCAUGCACCCUACACUCAUUUCUCUCUUCAUGAAAUCUUGUCCAUUCUGUAGGGCAAUCUUCUAGGUUCAAAAAAAUCAAGAAAUCUUGAACCCUUUGCCAAUCUAAGCUUCAUGUACACAAUGUCCUUUUAAAUAUUGACCCCUUUGUAAGUCGAAUUUCAGGGCACCCUUCAGAAAUUCACCUACAAAUUCUUCUUUAAGCUUCAUGUACACCAAUGCCCCUUUCAUUCGACAAAUCUUGACCCUUUUCUAAGUCAAAUUUCAGAAAUUAUCCUACAAGUCCUUCUUUAAGCUUCAUCUACACAACAACCAUUUCAUUCAAGAAUAUUGACCAGAUUGUAAGUCGAAAUUUAAGGGUACCCUUCAUAGAUUGCUCACAAAUCCUUUAAGCUUCAUGUGCACGUUCAAGAAAUCUUGAUCUUUGGCGAGACAAAUUGCAGGGCACCCUUCAGAUAUUCCCUACAAAGCUUCACAAAAACCAAUCCAAUACCAUUUCAUUCAAGAAAUCCCGACCCUUUUAUAAAGACAUACUUCAGGGUACCCUUCAAAGAUUAUCCCAAAGCUCCUUUCUCAUUCCAUUCAAGUAACCUUGACUCUUGUAAGUCAAAUUUAAGGGGACCCUUCAAAGAUUAUCACUACCCAGUUGCGGAAUUGUGGGUUAGAUGUUAAGAAUGAGGGAUUUCCCUUCUUGUUUCGGUGAAAAUGGCGUUCAAAUUGCCGAUGCUUCUUCGUCUUCUUCUUCGUCAGGUGUUUCCACCGAUAGAAAUGCACAGAGUCUUGUUACUUGUGUUUACCAGUGUAAAUUACACAGUUGUUGCUUCAUCGUCACGACAACUUGGACUAAAAACAUAAUGGGUCAAGCUCUUUCUGUUGAAAUCGAUGAUUCCAGUACGCAAUCUGUCUGUAAACUCGAAAUCAAACCAUGGUUGUUCUCCAAAAGAAAAGGGUUUAAAACCAUGGAAAUGGGUUCAAAUUCAAUCCACGCCUUUUGGGAUCUUUCAUCUGCUAAAUUCGGUUCUUCCCCUGAACCAAUCGAGGGUUUCUAUUUUGCCAUCACUGUCAACCAAGAACUGAUCUUGUUGCUGGGUGAUAUGGAGAAAGAAGUGUACAAAAAGAUGAAUCAUGUGAUGACUUCUUCACCGAAUUCUGUUUUCGUAUCGAAAAAAGAACAUAUUUUUGGUAAAAAAGUGUAUGCAACGACAGCCCAGUUUUGUGGUAAGGGACAAGUACAUGAGGUACUGAUCGAGUGCGAUACAAUUAGCACUAAUGAUCCGUGUUUAUUGAUACGUAUUGAUGGUAAAUUGGUGUUGCAAGUGAAGCGACUUCGAUGGAAGUUUAGGGGAAACUGCACAAUUUUGAUCGAUGGAUUGCCGGUUGAGGUUUAUUGGGAUGUUUAUGGUUGGUUUUUUGGUAAUUUUAUAGGGAAUGCGGUGUUUUUGUUUCAAACUUGUCUUUCGGCUGAGAAAUUAUGGGGUUCUGGUUCGGGUUCGGAUCACUCAGGGGUAAGUUGGUCGAGUUCGUUGGGUAAAGAUUCUCGAUCACAAGGUCUUGGUUUUUCUUUGGUGUUGUAUGCUUGGAAAAAUGAAUAGGGUUUUUGUGUUUGUGUAAACUUUGUUUAUUAGUGGUUUUAUCUCAUAAUGGAGUGAUCUCGUUUUAUAGUA